AUGAGUAAUAAUAUGUCAUCUGAUGAAAUACUAAAGGCUGUUUUUCCCCUACUAAAUGGCCCUGAUUUAGCCUCUUGCAUGUCUGUAUGCAAACACUGGCAACAAAUAGCUCAAGAUGAUUACUUCUGGAAAUGUCUAUGUGCAAAAAAAUGGCCUUCAACAUGCAAAAAUCCAUCACCUCCUGUAACAUACCACAAACUAUUCAAAACAUUCUACAAACGCGAACACAGAAGGACACUUUUACCCCCAAGAAUCUCCCUAAAUGACCUUGAAUUCUACAUUGACAUAUGGGCAGAUGAUGAAAUACUCUUUUCACAAGUUAUUCAAGGACCCGCCCUUCGAAAGGGCAUGUGGACCCCGCCACCUGGCAUCUGUGACACCCUAAAGUACCAUUUAGAAGGUCCAGAAUAUAAAAUGACAUUACCUGUUGACCCAAAGUUUGCUGUUCCUUAUACUCAAACUGUUAGUGUUUCUGUUCUUGUAUCAAGAAAAGACACCAAUAAAGUUGCUUGUAUAAUCAAUAAGUCAAUGUUUGACUAUAUUGACCGAUCUGCUUAUAGAGCACUUGCGUUUGAUUACUUGGUGUUUUCCCCGAUUUACCCUUUUGUGUCUGGGAUUAGGGCUUGGAUUUCUUUGUUGUUCAUGGAACAUGGGGAGGAAGGGAUCAUUGAUGUGUUUGGGGUUGAAAUGGACUUUUGUGAUGCUGCUAAUUCGGAGGAUGAGGUGCUUUGGUUGUUGGAUAUGCUUGAUUGGAAGUAA